AGACACAAAGAAGAGCGCGGGUUUAAAAGCUGCAGCGACUCGUGCGCUCGGCCCAGUUCCGCUCUGCCUCUUUCGUGCGCGGCUCAGUUCAGCCACAGCAAAGUUCAAGAUGUCUGACGAAGGAAAACUUUUCAUCGGAGGCCUGAGUUUCGACACAAACGAGGACACUCUGGCUGCGGCCUUCGGGAAAUACGGAACCAUCGAGAAAGUCGACGUUAUCAGAGACAGAGAAACUGGACGGUCCCGUGGUUUCGGCUUUGUAAAAUACGACAAUGCUGAAGAUGCAAAAGAUGCGCUGGACGCUAUGAAUGGAAAGACCCUUGAUGGCCGAGCUAUCCGUGUAGAUGAAGCUGGAAAGGGCAGCAGAUCCAGGGGUGGAAGUUCCUACAACUCUGGACCCCGUGGUGGAGGACGCUACAACAGUGGCUCACGUGGAAGAGGUCGUGGUUUCUCGAGAGGUGGUGGAUAUGGUGACAGAAGCUAUAGCGACAGAAGCUAUGGAGACAGGGGCUUCGGUGGUGGUGGUGGUGAAAGGAGCUUUGGCAGUGGAUACAGGAGCGGUGGAGGCGGUGGCUACUCCUCUGGAGGCAGCUACAGGGACAAUAGGGGGCAGGGAGGUUAUGGAGAGCGCUCUGGAUCAUACCGGGAUGGAUAUGACAGCUAUACUGCAAACGACUAAACAUCUCCCUGAUUCAAGAUCAUCACUUGGCUGGCUGUAUUGCAAAGAUACGCUCCUCAAGAAAAAAAUGUCUACAUGUUAUUGCUGACCUUAGUUUGUAGUUCUGUUAUUGUUAAAGCAUCUUAACACUGAAGCCAUAUACUGGUCAUUCCAGAACAAACCAUGUUUUAAUGACUUGCGUGGCCAAAUGAACCAUGUUAAUGACCUACAUGGCCAUUUGUCCAGUGUUUUUGAUUAGGCACCAUUCCUCCUAAAGCACCACUUAUCAUAAUAUGGCUAAAUCUGACAACUAUCAGUUAUGAGGUUCCUUGGACUCCACCUAUUUAAUGCCCACUUUUGUUGCUGUUGACUAUUUCAGCAGGUUAAGCAUGAGUCUUAUUUUUUGGGGGGAAUCUAACGUCCGUCCUGUUUUUAAACCAUUCGAGAAAGCAUUAACACCUAAAAUGGACUUUAGGGUUUUUAUGCCAGAUUUUUUUUUUUUUUCUGAGAACCUAGGCAGUUGAGACUCCCAUAUGUUCAAUUUUCCCAAAAAAGUGAAUUCCUUUCAGACUGGUGAACUACUCAUCCGAAGUGGCCGGCUGUCAUGAAGUUGCAAAUUGCACCAUGCCACAGUUUGCCCAAGGUAUCUCCUGUGCUCUGCUCAACGUUUGAAUUUUUAAAUGUGCUGUCAAUGGAUGAAUCUUGUUUAAAGUGAUCGAAAAAAAAAAUGUAACUUCGUUUCCUCAAAGUAGUCUCAAUCGGGAACAGUUUUGUACUUUAUGUUCUUUGUAUUAUCUAUUUUGUCAGUUUGGCUUCAUGGAGCCUAUUAAACAGACUGUGGAAAAUUA